AUGUCCCACCCUGAAGGAGAACAUAGUGAAGCUGUGAGUUUGGCGAAUGGAACCACUGAUGAAGGACCCAAAUCCGACGAUCAUUCCGAUGUGCAAAAUGGAGCUGCAAGUUCGUCGGGAAAAACCUCGGAUGAUGAUUGUCAGCUGCCUACACUCGAAAACCAUACCGAUAUGGGAGUACCUGGUGAUUCUAAUUGCAGCGAAACGAUUCAAAUUAAUCGUUUGAAAGCUGAAACUCCGAUGGGGCCCACCGACCGGGAGAAGUACAGAACUGGUGAUGAAAGCGAUUUUGAUUCGCUUCACGAAAAGAUACUUGUAAAGGUUUUCAAGCUACUUGAACCUUUAAGUUCUUCGUUCGAUCGAAAUGAUAUCGAAAUGGGUCCUGAGUGUUCAUACUCGGGAUCGCAUGAACCAGCAGGCAAGGCGGAACUGAAGGAAGAAAUAUUAGCAGAAUUGUUUAUUGAUCAGCCAGCAUAUGAGGUUCAUUACGUCAUGGACACCGAUCCCAAAGCACCCGGAAAUGAAACAGCGCUGAUUUCAGGAAAUCAUAACUGUUCAAACAUCGACGACUAUGACGUUUCGAAUGAUAAUGGUCAGCACCCAAGCGAUGAUACUAAACAGCACUGUAGCUUGCUCUCCGAGUUUUUGGAGUCUCCAGAAACACCACACCGAAAAGGAAUUAUGAAAUACAAGCGUAGAAGCCCUGCUGUUUUGACCUCUCGUCGGAGACUCGAGUACCACAAGGCAAUUCAUGAGGAGAAGAAGAGGGAGGCAGAGGAAAAACAACGGAAGGCUGAGGAAAAGCAAAAGAAGGCUGAGGCAAUACAGGAGACGAAGAAGAAGGAAGCAGAGAAAAAGCAACGGAAGGCUGAGGAAAAGCAAAAGAUGGCUGAGGAAAAGCAAAUUAAGGCUGAGGAAAGGAAGAUGAAACAAACGAGCAAACAAGCACAGAAAUUGAAGAAUAAAAGAACCGAUAAGUUCAAACAGGAGAGAGGAAAGAAGAAGAAGGACGGUUAA